GCUGGCUGGAGAGCCGCGUCCCGGUGCAGCAGCGUCCUUAUAAAUACAGCCCGGAAGACUUGGAUCAGUUCAGUAAAAUGAAGCAAGAAUAAGAUGUUCGUGAAACUAGCGAUGUAUUGGUUAAACACGUAGAGAGAGAUGCAGUGCCUGUCCAGAUCCCAGAAACAGUCAGGUUUACAUGGGAUCCCACUGACACAGAAAGAUUUUCACUUUUCUGCCAGCUGAGGAUCACUUCAAGCCGACAUGUCUCAUCGAGGGCAUUUAACUGCUGUCAUAACAGUACUGGGAGCGACCUUAGGCGGGCUGCUCAUAUGGCGAGUCUACCGAUCGAAAAGGAAGAGGCUGCCUUCCGUCCAGAAGGUGGCCGAUCCCGUGGAGGCUCCGUGGCCCGUGGAAAAGGACCUUACAGCUGUGGAGCAUCAAAACAACCAACCGCCACGUCUUCUGGAGAAGGAGUUUAAUGCUGCGGAGUGUCUCACCACACAGCUGCUGCCUCCCGUACAGAUCCCGUCCUCUGAACAGCUGCUGGCUGUGAAUCCGGUGACGGUGAGCUCUGAGGAGGAAUGGCAGCAGCUCUGGCCGCUGAUGCAGAAGGAGCUGUCGGUGUUCCCUGUGCUGGGGCUCGACUGUGAAUGGGUAAAGAUCAAAGGCGUGUCGGUGAAAGGCCGAGUGUCUGUGGUUUCCCUGCUACAGAUGGCCACGUAUUCGGGUCUGUGCGUCCUCGUGAGGCUGCUGGCGUUUCGCAGCGCCCAGCAGCCGUUCCCUCUCAGCUUGAUGGAAGUCCUGCGAGACCCGCACGUCCUGAAGGUCGGCGUCGGCUGUUAUGAAGACGGCAAGCGUCUGACGAGAGACUACGGUCUGCCGCUGUCGUGUACAGUCGACCUGCGCUACCUCGCCUUAAGACAAAGGCAGACUCCGGUGAAUAACGGCCUCAGUCUGAAGUCUCUGGCAGAAGAUCUGUUGAACGUGUCUCUGGAUAAAUCUCUGGAGCUGCGCUGCAGUGACUGGGAGGCAGAUCAACUGACGCUGAAGCAGAUGACUUAUGCUGCCAGAGAUGCCCAAGUUUCCAUCGCUCUCUUCUUCCAUCUCCUCGGCCUCCGCGCUGAAGCCGGUCCCGAAUCUUCCAGCGGGGACUCUCACUCGGAGUUGGCCGCCCGCUGCCAGGGCCUGGUGGAUGUGCCCUUCAGGGGCCGAGGAGAUGGAGAAGACAGGGCGUCGGACGGAGAGAGGAGGCGCAGGUCGCGGAAAACGCCCACAUUUGAAAGCCCGGAGUCUGGAGAUCAGCAAGUCCCAGACCCUCGAAAGAACAACAAGAGGAAACCACUGGGUGUGGGCUACUCUGCCAGGAAGUCUCCUCUCUACGAUAACUGCUUCCUCCAUGCUCCUGAUGGUCAGCCUCUGUGCACCUGUGACAAGAAGAAAGCCAAAUGGUACCUAGAUAAAGGAAUAGGAGUGCUCCAGAGCGAGGAGCCUUUUGCAGUGAGGCUGCUGUUUGAGCCGUCGGGACGUCCCGACUCCCAACAGGACUAUUACCUCACUGCCAAGGAGAAUCUCUGCGUGGUCUGCGGCAAAGCAGAUUCCUACAUCAGGAAAAACAUAGUGCCACAUGAGUACAGGCGGCAUUUUCCCACCGAGAUGAAGGACCACAACUCCCACGACAUCCUGCUGCUCUGCACCGCCUGCCACGCCGCCUCCAACGUGCACGACAGCAUCCUGAAGCAGCGUUUGGCCGAAGAGUUCGCCGCCCCUCAGGGCUGCGAGGAGGGGGUUCGCCUGCUGGAGGACUCGGGCCGACGGCGGGUGCGCUCGGCGGCUCGGGCUCUGGUCACUGCCAGGGACGAGCUGCCGGAGCAGCGACGAGAAGAGCUGCAGGCCGUGAUCAAGAGCUUCCUCGGCUACAACGAGGAGCAGGAGCUGACGGACGAGGCGCUGCAGCAGGCCGCCGGUCUGGAGACGAGGAUUUUCAACGAGACGUACGUGCCUCACGGUCUGAAGGUGGUGCGAGCCAGUGCCCAGCAUGGCCUGCGGGGCCUGAUGGACCUGGAGUGCCGCUGGAGGCAGCACUUCCUCAUCGCCAUGCGGCCUCGCCACCUCCCUCCUCUCUGGUCAGUCAACCACAACCACAGCAAGUUCCUCCGCAAAUACGGAGAGGACCUGCCCAUUAAGCUCAACUGACCACAGGCUGCUGCCGCUGCCGACCAGGACGGGAAACGGGGUUUCCUCGUCUGCCGGUUAACCUGCCGGUUGGAUUUGAGACCGUUAAUUCUACAAGCCAAAUCGCUUUUUUGUUUUAGUGAGCGGAUGAAUGAACUAAUCUACCAGCGGAGACCGUCACGGUGCCCGCAUGUUGAAGAGCCCGAGAUGAGUGCGUGUGUGUAAAUGCACUCGAUCUCUAAUGGACGCCGGGCGCCGUGUCACUCUUCUUUCUAGUCCCGGUGUGAUGCUGCUCGGCUGCCACCCUGAGACUCCACUGGUGGAAGGAAGUCCAGCACUGAAUCUGAAGAACACUAAAACAUAAUGUGAUUGCAUAUGAACACUUUUUUAUCAUGAAAAAUGUAUAAUUAUUUAUGAAAGGUUAAAAAAAUUAAUGAAAUUUAAGACGUUUUCUU